AGAGGAAGAAGAGUAUAUGGGAAACGCAUCUCACGGUCCAAGAAGAAGUGGACAUUAACCAAAACCAAACCAAUCCAAGUCCAUGAACAGAGAAGUAAUAUAACGGCCUUUCCAUGUACAACCGAAACUGAUUCAUUGAAGUUGAUUGAAUCCAUUUGUAGUGAAUGGGUAGAUGGCGAUCUGCUUCUUUUCUCCUCAACCGUACAGCCUCAAUUUUUAAAUCUCGCCCUUCUCUUCAUCCUAAACUUCUUCUUCUUCCUCCUCCUCCACCCCCUCAAACCUUUGGCCCUAGUUUCUUUACUCUAAGACGCUUUACUGCAAUCCCAUCUCGUGUAUCUGUUUAUUCUGCCGAAUUAGAUUCUGGGUCACAUGAUUUUGACCUUGACUAUGAACUGGAAGCUAACGAAGAUGAAGAGACGGCCAAAAUACCCGUCAAAGCUUACUUUCUUUCUACUAGUAUCAAUUUGAAGAGCAUGCAAGCCGAGAAUUUGAGUGAUGUUAUUCCCCCUUCAUCUCGUUCAUCAAAUUAUAUUGCCCUCAGAUAUUGCGAUUUUCCUUCAGAAAUUUCUGCACUCAGAGGCAAAGAGAAUGUGAGCCACUGCCGUUACAUGGUUGUGUUCCAAUAUGGAUCUGCUGUUCUGUUUAAUAUCGAGGAUCAUGAAGUUGAAAAUUACCUGCAUAUAAUCCGUAGACAUGCUUCUGGGUUGCUCCCUGAGAUGAGGAGAGAUGAUUAUGCCAUAAAAGAGAAGCCGCUAUUGGAUGAGGACAUGCGAGGAGGCCCAGACUAUCUCAUUCUUAAGACAUUGGAUACAGAUAGCAUUCGUAUUAUUGGAAGUGUGCUUGGCCAAAGCAUUGCUUUGGAUUAUUUUGUUUCUCAGGUUGAUGGUAUGGUUCAAGAGUUUGCGGGUAUAAAUCGUGCACUGGAGAAAACAGGAACUUUCACAAUGGAUAGAACAAAGCUCCUUAAACUUGUUGGGAAGGCUAAUUCUAAUCUAGCUGAUGUUAUUCUCAAAGUUGGACUUUUCGAAAGAUCUGAAAUUGCUUGGAGAGAUGCAAAAUAUGCUCAAAUAUAUGAGUACCUUCGUGAGGAGUAUGAGGUUGCACAGCGGUUUGGAAAUCUAGAUUUCAAACUGAAAUUCGUGGAGCACAAUAUUCAUUUCCUCCAAGAAGCUAUCCAAAACAGAAGAUCAGAUCUUUUAGAAUGGUGCAUUAUUUUCCUUUUGACUCUUGAGAAUGUGAUCUCAGUAUAUGAGAUUGUUCGCGAUUCAGCUGGUGCUUCAUUGUAAUUCAACAAGGGAAUUAGAAAAUUUUGGAUGACUUAAUGAAGUGAUUAUAGCAAAUUCAAUUAAUUUAUAGAGCAAAUCAAUUUCUCAUUAUGUAUUUGUAAUGAGACAGUGACUAUAUCAGAAUGAAUUUUUUAUAGAGCAAACGGAUUAUUCAUUAUGAUUGUA